AUGCCGUUAUUACCGCUCAAACACUCGAGCAAGCCGUCCAAAUUCGUGGAAAUAUGUGACACUCAGUCUAGUGCGAGUCUCUGCAAUCUCAGAUUUGAAAGAGCUCAGGUCGACUGUUGUUUUCUCAUGUCCAAGUCGAAAUGGGGUCAGCUGAAUGGCAAAGACUCCGGUGUGAUGUAUUUGGAUCUGACAUUUCACCAACCCGCCGACUACAAGCUCGCACAGGCCACUGUAACUAUGGAUUUCUCCGAGAUCCAAGCUUCCGACUUACCAUCCAACCCAAAGAGCAAGGAGCUUGAAGUGACAGAGUUUUACGGGCCCCGAAUACUAAGUGGAGAAAGAAGGGAACGUCAAGUAUCUACUUCAUUUGACGUCGACCCGAAGAUUGGGAUCCCAAACGCGUCAGUAGAAGGAAUUAACUGGUCAAGAAAAUCCGACAUAACUUACGCAUCCCGGUGGACAUUUACUGGAUCGCGGUUUGCGGCGGGGUCAACUGGCACUAGUGACAUUCAAGAGAGUCGCUACCGACAAAUUGUGUGGCACUUGCAUGAAAAUAAACUGGAAAGCCAAGUGGUCCACCACUCGACUGUCCACUCUGCACUCGCAUUCCAUCACGGAAUGGAGCCCUUCUACGUUGACCUUAAAAUCGAGCUCAAAAUGCAUCGUCUGCACCAACGAAUCAAACAGCACUUGGUAUAUCUGCCUCGAAAUCGCAGGUCGUGCACAAGGACUAAAGUACAACCACGCCCUGCAACAUUAGAUAAGAAUCUACAAUUCGAACAAUUGGUCAAAGAACUAGAUUAUACCAUGACUACGGCAAAUUUACAUCCCGUUACUGAGGUGUCAGAUCCUAAACCAAUGUCGACCAACGAUGUUAAUGAAGAUACAGCAGCUUAUCCCGAAUCCGGUGCGAAUCCUCUCCGCGAUGGGUCUCUCCUAGCGGCGAUACACCAAGUUACUGGCCAGGCGCCACCAACUCCCAUGCCAAAGAGCACCGCCAGCUCGGUAAUGUCGACGCAUACAGGGAGCUCAGACGCUACUCUAGUAGAUCCUGAUGUCUUAAAGCACGCUGGCAGAAUGACCAAGCCCGAGGAUUCGACCGCUCACAUCAAGCAAGCGCACUUAGCAACUACUCCAUAUGAUGAUAUUCCGCAAGUUGUUAUCGUGGCUUUUUGUCGAAUUAUCCAGCUUCUCGCAAUGCCAUUUAGAUUAUUCAUCGCAGGCGUGGAUGCAUUAAAUUCCGCUCUUGCUCAAGCGGGGAAGUGA